GCAGUUUCGUUGCAUAUUGCCAUUCUUCAAGUUCUUGACAGAUUACAGAUUCACCUUCGAAAAAUGAAUGCAAAGGAGAGUUUAACUUUGCUAUUUGACAGACCUGGAGAACCACUGUCACUACCAAAGGGAAAGGAAGGCGUCCGAUUUCUUGUUCCUAGUCAGUAUAUGCAAGAAGACUACCAACAUUCUGCAGACGAAAAUCAGAAACCAUUCGAAAAGUUGGUCAUUACUCCCAGAAGUGAUUUGAACUCAAAUGAAGAACAAAAAACUGUUCGUGUUAAUUAUAUUGAAUUGCCUUCCUUAACUGAAAUAACUGAAUUAGGGAAAAACGAUAAUUUUUCCUUAUUUAUCCCGAAACACCAAAAGAUUGCUGCCAAGCUAACAUCGUUAUUUAUGGGUAUGAAAACUUGCGAUGACCUGCUGUCUUUGGCAGCAUGCGCUCGAGAACGUGUCAAUCCUCUUCUUUUUAACUACGCGUUAUCUGUGGCUUUAUUACAUAGAAAUGAUACCAAAGAUUUGGAUUUGCCAUCUGUAGUGUUUUCAUUUCCUCAUAAAUACAUCGACAGUCACGUUUUUUCCAAAGUUGCAGAAGCUCAGAAGAAGAAUUCAUCACAGAACAAAAAGACUCCUAUUAUAAUGCCCAUGAGUUACACGGCAUCCAAUUUGGAAGUUGAACAUCGUUUAGCAUACUUCAGAGAAGAUAUUGGAGUAAAUCUUCAUCACUGGCACUGGCAUUUGGUGUAUCCCAACACAGGGGAUGAUGUGAUUGUCAGAAAGGAUCGCAGAGGAGAACUCUUUUAUUAUAUGCACCAACAGAUUGUAGCAAGAUAUAAUUUUGAACGUCUUUGCAAUGGAUUGAACCGGGUGGAAAGAUAUACUAAUUUUAAUGAGCCCAUCCGCGAGGCUUAUUAUCCGAAAAUAAAUAGCAUGGUUGGAAACCGAACUUACCCUGCUAGAGUACCGAAUAUGCGUUGGCAGAACGUACAGCGAGAUUUUGAUGAAGCGGGAAAUACAGCAAUUGAUAUAGAACAGAUGGAACGUUGGAGACAUAGAAUAUAUAAUGCUAUUAAUUUGGGAUUCGCCAGGGAUAAAAAUCGUAACGAGGUAGAGCUUACUGAAACCGAAGGAAUCGACAUUUUGGGUAACAUGGUAGAAGCAUCCGAUAAUCUAUCUCCAGAUUUUGAUUUUUAUGGUAAUUUUCAUAAUAUGGGUCACAAUUUAACUGCCUACAUUCAUGAUCCUGAUUAUCGACACCUGGAAUCCGGUGGUGUUAUGGGCGAUUCCGCAACUGCUAUGCGAGAUCCAUUUUUCUAUCGCUGGCACGCAAAUAUCGAUGAUAUAUUCCAAAAUCAUAAAAACAACUUGGCUCGUUAUACUGAACAGCAAUUAAACUUUGCUAAUGUUGUUGUCCAAGAUGUUAAAGUCCAAACGCAGAACACUGCUGAUAACAUAUUUGAAACGUUUUGGCAACAAUCUGACUUGGAUCUCUCAAGAGGCCUGGACUUCCAAGAGCGCGGAUCUGUUUUCGUGAGAUUUACACAUUUACAACACAAACCAUUUUCCUAUACAAUCACUGUCAACAAUACCAACAACAGUGAAACUGUUGGCACUUGUAGAAUAUUCAUGGCACCCAAAUUCGACGAAAAAGGCAAUCCAUGGCUUUUUAAACAUCAAAAGAAUAUGUUUAUUGAGUUGGACAAAUUUACAGUAAAUCUCAAACCCGGAAGUCACCCAAUAACCAGGAAAUCAAGCGAUUCUUCAGUUACGAUUCCAUUUGGAAGAACUUACCGAGAUUUGGAGGAAAAUAGACCAGACAAAAGUGAAGUCAAUGCAUUGGCUCAAUUUGACUUUUGUGGAUGCGGUUGGCCGGAAAAUUUGUUGAUACCAAAGGGAAAUGACCGAUUUCAGGCAGAACUAUUUGUUAUGAUUUCGGAUUAUGCUGGUGACAGGGUUGACCAGAGCGUUACUGGAAAAACUACUGACGCAGGAAGUUAUUGCGGCCUUAGGGAUAAAAAGUAUCCUGAUCGUCGGUCUAUGGGUUAUCCAUUUGAUAGAUUACCUAGAGAUAAUGUUACUAAUCUUCAACAGUUCCUUACACCAAAUAUGUUUGUCAAGGAUGUGAUUAUUCAAUUCAAAAAUCAAAUAGCUACAGGAUCUAACGUUUCAGAUCCACCGGCGGAAAAACCUGAAGAACCAUGGUCACACCACCCUUCACAUCCAUCACAUAGACAUCCAUCACAUGGACCUCCACCACAUAGACAUCCAUUCCAUGGACAUAGAUUUGCAGGCCAAUAAACCAACUGUGAGGAUCAGGAAUGUAAUCAUACAUUUCGAUAACCGCGUUUACUCCCAGCGAAGGGAUUCAGUAAUAUUUAUUCAGCUUUUAUUUUUCAUUGCUUACUUUAUAUUUAUUAUUUACAUUAUCAGUGCAUAAAUAAACUUGCAGGCUUUGGACAAACUUUGUAAUAUUUUAUAAAUAAAUUUAAAUAUUGCUUGACCU